AAAAAAAGGAAUUCAAAUCAUUUAUUAUCUCAUUCACUCCAUUGCCCUAAAGAUUUGUACUGUACCUCACCCCCACGCGCGAGUCCAGUCCGUGAUUCUCACUGUCGUCUUCUCUCUGGCUCCCAGCCUUAAAAACAAAUCGAAAUUUCUCCGUGUUCCUCCAUUUUCGAUUUUUCUGUUGAAAGUUCAAAUUUCAAAUCCCGAGGCCAUGAAAUCCUCCGCCAACGCCAAGCUCAUCCUCCUCCACCCCUCCAUCCACAAGCAGGGCCUCUCCACCCCCACCGCCGCCGCCGCCGCCCCCCGCCGCUGCCUCUUCUCUUUCCUCACCUUCUUCACUCUCGCCUUCACCCUCACCCUCAUCAACUCCACCUUCUCCUCCUCCUCCUCCUCCUCCUCCGCCGCUGCCCGCCGAACCUCCUCCGCCGCCUCCCCCCUCCCCAUCCCGAUUUCCGCCGCCCUCCUGCACUACGCCGCCGCCGACACUAACUCCACCAAGCCCCACAUGACCUCCGGCGAGCUCUCCUCCAUCGCCGCCGCCCUCGCCCCGUGCUCUCCGGCCUGUAAUUUCCUCAUCUUCGGCCUCAAUCACGAAUCCCUCCUCUGGCGCGCCCUCAACCACCGCGGCGCCACCGUCUUCCUCGACGAGAACGAGUUCCAGGUCUCCAAAUUCGAGCAAUCGAAUCCCGGCUCCGAGGCCUACGAUGUCCAAUACACGACCAAAGUCAGCCAGAUGAAGGAGCUUCUGGUUCAGGCUAAAUCGCAGGCCGAUAACGAGUGCCGGCCCGUCCAGAAUCUCCUCUUCUCCGAGUGCAAACUCGGAAUCAACGACUUGCCGAACCACAUUUACCAAGUCCCCUGGGAUGUGAUUCUGGUGGACGGGCCGCGUGGGUACAGCGCCGCGUCGCCGGGAAGAAUGUCGGCGAUCUUCACCGCCGGAGUUCUGGCCAGAAGCAAAUGUACUGGGAACCGGAAAACCAAAACGAAAACGAAAACCCACGUGUUCGUGCACGAGAUGGGGCGCGAGGCUGAGAGGAUUUACAGUGACGAAUUUCUCUGCGUUGAAAAUUUGGUGGAAUCGGUGGGUUCGUUGGGGCAUUUCGUGGUGGAGGCGAUGCAGGGAAAUGGGGCGAAAUUUUGUAAGAAUUCUUCUUCUGGUUCAUCGAUUUCCUCCUCUGUGUGAUGUAAUCAUCAGUGACUUUUUGAUGAUUAUUGUUGUUUGUGGGGUUUGGAUCGGGGUUUGUGAUUAUAUUUUGUAAAAUUUCCAUAGUUUUUAUUUGGCUUUGUUUUGGUUUUUGAUGUGAUAGAGUUUAAUGUUAUACUUUUAGACGAUGGCGAUCUAUGAAGUUUUAGGAGAUGAGAAGAGGGGAGAAAGCUUUUUUGGCUUUGAAAUCUCUUUUGAUGUAUCUGUUUGGUUUCCGAGAAAAAGCGAGAAAAUGUACAGAAAUUCAAACAAA